GGUUGAAAAUUAGUGAAUAUGCCUGCCAGCUGUUCUGCGCAUGCUCUGAGAACGCGCCCUAGAACGUGCCUUUCAAUCCUAUAUGAUUGUGUGUGUGAGUGCGUCACUCUGUCUCAGUGUAUAAUUUUGUGUGUUAGCUGAUGUACCGUUGUAUCUACAGAGUAGACAAGGCUAAAGCCCUAUCUCUGAUGCUGCAUGCAGCUGACAUCAGUCACCCAGCCAAGGCCUGGAAGCUGCACUACCGAUGGACACAGGCCCUGAUGGAGGAGUUCUUCAGACAGGGCGAUAAAGAGGUUGAGUUAGGGCUGCCAUUCUCUCCUCUGUGUGAUCGUAAAGCUACCAUGAUCGCACAGUCACAAAUAGGGUUCAUUGACUUCAUAGUGGAACCCACAUUCUCUGUGUUGGUGGACACGACCGAGAAGAUCAUUACCCCUCUAAUAGAGGAUACCUUAAAGUCACAUGACACUGGCGUACGCAGGUCAAGCUUGACGGGUAGUGGGUCGGUGACGGUGGUUGAGUCAGUCCAGAAACAUAGUGGCCGAGGAUCCAGCCAGGGGGUUGACCAGGGGCUCACUACAGACUACAGCCUGACUGGCAUCGACCUGAAACGGGUCAGACACACAUUGGCAGAGGUCAUCCAACACAACAAAGACCGAUGGAAGGAGCUCUCUGUACAAGAGUUGGCGAGUAAAGAGCGAGCUGAGUUGAACACUGACCCAGAGGAGAUGGAGGAGUCCCAGAUGAAAACAGAGGUUACAUUGACUCACACCAGCCCUGAGAGACACAGCCAGGAGCUCCAAUCAGAGCCCUUCAAUGAACUGAUGAACAACACAAACUCCAAUAACUCUUCCCAGGAGGACUCAGAGCUGGACCACCAUCCUCACAGUUCUCUGUCCCCAUGUGAGGAUAAAGAGACAACAUCACCUGGCUCCAUCUCUCCUGAACGCCUACCAUGGAACGGAGCAGGCCCUGGGGCAGUCCUUGAGUCAGGGGAGGAGUCUCUUCAGAGCCCUUGAUUCUGAUAAGCUACCCAACAAUGCUGCCACUUCCUGAUUUUAUU